AUGAAGGAAGACGAGAAUGGGGACAGGAGAGGCUUCUUGGAUGAGUUAGCCAGUCAUCUUGACCAAAUUGCGUUGAAGUGCACCACUUCCGAAGAAGAGAAAAAAGAGAUUGAUGCAUAUCUCAGGUUUGCAAAAGACAAUUGUAAAGAUCAAGGAAAAAGUGCCAAAGCUUUCCUUGAGAGAAAAAUGCAUGACAAAGAGAACUGGGUAAACACCUAUGUUUUUAAGCAUCCUCACUUUGGAAAUCGCACUUCCAACCGUGCAGAAAGUUCACAUGCUUCUCUGAAGCAUGCCCUUGGAACUUCUUCUGGUAAACUGAAGACAGUUACCAUGAAAGUUGCCAAGUGGUCAAUGAUCGAAAGCGCAGAUUGA